GAUAUAGCUUUGGAUGACCAAAGCCCCCGGAUGUAAAUAGCCGAAACAAAACUUUAUUUAAAGUUUCCGAAAUGGAAACACUUUUAGAACAACAAAGGCGUUAUCAUGAAGAGAGAGAACGGCUUAUGGAUGCUAUGACGAAGGAGAGUCUUCAUACAGCCAAACCGGGUAGAGAUCAGAUCAACAAAGAUCAAAGACUUCGGCAGCUUCUUGAUAGAUAUGUGGAGUGUACAACAGAACUAAAGGACCUGUAUGAAGAUAAAGAUGGACUGAGAAAGGAGGAAGUUCAAGCAUUAUACGGCCCUAAUGAAUUCCAAGAGUUCUACUCUAGAAUGAAACAGCUGAAAGAUUUCCACAGAAAACACCCUAACGAGAUCAGUGUACCAAUGUCUGUGGAGUUUGAUGAGAUCAACAAGAUGAGAGAGAAUGCUGAUGAAAACACAUAUAUGGUAGAGUUUUCAGAUGAAGAAGGUUAUGGCAAAUAUCUUGAUUUACAUGACUGCCAUACCAUGUUUAUAAAUCUUAAAGGAAUGGAUAAAAUUGACUACAUCACAUAUCUGUCAACAUUUGACCAUUUGUUUGAUAUACCUAAAGACAGGAAAAACGCUGCAUACAAAGAGUACUUACAGUAUAUACUAGAGUAUUUGGAAAGUUAUAUACAGAGAAUAAAACCGUUACUGGAUAUCCCAAAGGAGAUGGACAAUGUGUUGACAGAUUUUGAGUUACAUUUUGCCGAGGGACAUUUCCCUGGUUGGCCAAAAGAAGCCCUUGGUGCACUUGCCCAUACAGGAGCUCAUUUAGAUCUGUCUGCUUUCUCUUCGUGGGAGGAGUUGGCCUCAUUAGGUCUUGAUCGUCUCAAAUCAGCCUUGAUGGCUUUAGGCUUAAAAUGUGGAGGGACAUUAGAGGAAAGAGCUCAGAGAUUGUUUAGCACAAAAGGAAAGAGACUUGAAGACCUGGACCCAGCAAUGUUUGCCAAGUCCAAGCCGGGAAGAGCUGGCAAAGCUAGAGAAGGGACAAAGCAGAGAGAAAUUGCUGGUCUAGAAGCACAGGUUUACAGGUUUGCUGAAAUUCUGAGUGAGCAGCGUGCGGCAACACGUGAAAAUGUUAUACGUAAACAAGCACGUACUGGUGAGGAGAGAGAGGAGUCGGACGAGGAAGAUGCUGCUGCUGACAGUGAUGAAGAUGAUGAUGAUGUCCCAUAUAAUCCGAAAAAUCUCCCUCUUGGCUGGGAUGGAAAGCCAAUUCCUUAUUGGUUAUACAAGUUACAUGGUUUAAACAUCAGCUACCAGUGUGAGAUAUGUUGUAAUGUUGUCUACAAGGGACCUAAGGCAUUCCAGAGGCAUUUUGCUGAAUGGCGACAUGCUCACGGGAUGCGAUGUCUUGGAAUACCUAACACAGCUCAUUUUGCAAAUGUCACUUCUAUAGAAGAUGCACUGGCUUUAUGGCAAAAGAUCAAAGUUUCAAAAGAAACAGAGAGAUGGAAACCAGAUACAGAGGAGGAGUUUGAGGAUUCUCUGGGAAAUGUUGUAAAUAAGAAGACAUAUGAAGAUAUGAAGAGACAGGGACUAUUGUAGUGUUUGAAGUGUGAUUUUAACUUCUCAUCGGAAAUAACUCUGAAACAUCUGGACCAAGUGGCUUCAAGCUUCAUUCUGUGGAUAGACUACCCAGUCGAUAAUUUGGCUCUUCAUCUUUAUAUCAUUGAAGAUACAGGAGAAUACAGAUUAUGAAAAUAGAUUUUUUGUGGGGUUUUACAUAUUUUUUGUAUGAUUUUGUAGAGGGUUUCAAAAUUUAGCCAGUGGACAAUUUAAAUGAUGGAUUAAGUUUAGAGAAACUGUCAACUUUCUCAGUGAUGUACAUCUCAUUUUUUUUUCGUUUUCAAUACAUUAUCACUGAGUAUCUCUGUGGUUGUAAUUUCGACAGCAAUCUGGUUAGCGGAAUUCAUUCUAGGUAAAAAAUAAUUCAGAAUAGAAAGUUUUGCUUCAGUUAAGAAUACUUUUGUUUCAGCCUGGCUGAGGCUACAACAAAAUGGAAUAAUAUAUCAUGUAAAAUCAUGUUUAAUAAAUCUUACACAUUUGUGUAUAUAAUUCACUUGAUCAUUAAAUGUAUGAAGAAGGAUAA